CUUGAAAGGUACUUAAUUAUUAUUUUAUUUAUUGUAACGUUUAGCAGCAAUACAAUUUGGUGUAAGUAACAAUGAGCGUCAAGGUUCGCGUCUUCUGUUUUUUUUUUCCUUCUUGUUUUGCUUUGAGACGAGAUUGCAGAAGCAGCCGAUGCCUCUGGUUGCCCGGUGGCGGAAAAUUUGUAAACAGAUGAUUGCGUGAUCGCGGCCUGUGUGAGUGGAGUAGCUGUGUCUGCCCGCGUCGCUCGACCCAGCAGUGUGUUCUAGUGACCGCUCGAGACUCACCGUAGCCGUUGCACACCGGACAUGGCCGUGCCGCCCGGUGAUGGCCACACCACGUACGUGGCGUCGCUGGACGUGGGCUCGUCGGGGGUCCGCUGCCACCUGUACGACCGGCAAGGCCGAGUUUGUGGAACAGCCUUCGAAAGGUUGCAGACAGAGUGCCCCUCUACUGGUGUUUUCGAAGUUGACCCCGAGCACCUGUGGCAGAUCGCCAAGGACACGCUAAGAGCCGCGCUCAAAGGUGCCUCAGUGUCGGCCAGUUCGGUGCAAGCUCUGGGCAUCUCAACGCAACGAGCAACGUUCGCCUGCUGGGACAGGAGCACAGGUCGACUUCUGCACAAGUUCAUCUCGUGGAAGGACACCCGCGCUGAGUCGCUGUGCCGAGAGUGGAACUCCUCUGCACGGGUCAAGGCCUUGCGGAUGGGCGCCAGCUUCCUGUACUGCCUGACCCACAAGUACCGGUACCUGAUCGCUAGCAUGCUCCGCUUCGAGUCUGGCCUGGUGGUGAUGCGACUGUUGUGGGCCCUCCAGAACAUACCGGGGCUGCGAGAGGGCGCCCGCAAAGGCCACGUCGUCAUGGGCACCGUGGACAGCUUCCUGCUGUGGCGGCUGACCGGAGGCCGUGUGCACGCCACUGACCCGUCCAACGCCUGCAUCACCGGCCUCUUCGACCCUUUCACGAUGGAGUGGUCCCACAUGAUCACAGAUAUGCUGGACAUUCCCGUCAGCAUGUUGCCCAAGGUUCUCAACACGAGUGGCGUGUUCGGCAUGACGGAUCCCGAAAUCCUGGGCGCCGAGAUUCCCAUCGCUUGCCUGGCUGGCGACCAGCAGGCGUCGGCGUUCGGCGAGUGCUGCUUCCAGGCGGGAGACGUCAAGUGCACCAUGGGCACAGGAACCUUCUUCAACGCCAACACGGCGGACCAGCCGCACGCGUCCACCGUGGGCAUCUACCCCGUCGUUGGUUGGAAGACCGGCAACGGGGUGACCUACCUUGCUGAAGGCAGCAGCUUCGACACCGGCACCGUCGUCGACUGGGCCCAAGAAAUGGGCCUGAUCAGGAACGCUGAGGAAAGCGCCGACGUCGCCGAAUCUGUCGAGAACUCGGCGGGGGUCUUCUUUAUACCUGCGUUCAGUGGCCUCCAGGCCCCGAUGAAUGACGCGUACGCUGCCGCGGGUUUCCUUGGACUGUCGCCGUCCACGCGGCCCGCACACAUGGUGCGCGCCAUGCUCGAGUCACUGGCGUUCCGCACCUACCAACUGCAUGCGCUACUCAAGGGCACCUCUGGGCUACCCGCCAUCGGCAACGUCAGGUUCACUGGCGGAGUGACGCGAAAUCUGUUCCUCAUGCAGCUAUUGGCCGACCUACUACAGGAGCCCAUCAUCUGCUCUUCCCAGCACGACAGCAGUGCUCUUGGUGCUGCUUACCUUGCUGGCCUUGCUGUCGGAUUUUGGAAAGACUUAGCUGAACUGCAGAGCCUGCAGCCCGAGGGUAUUGUCUUCAAGCCAAGAGUUGAGCGGGCUGCCUCCAGCCUGGCUCUCUUCAAUGAAUGGUGUCGAGCAGUUGAGCGCUUCACACACUGGCACAUCCCCACUGGCUCCUGUUCAGUUUAAAAAAAGUGAUUCGGGCCACAUCUUUAUUGUCGCGGAACAUUUGCGAGACAUUGAUUAUUGGUGAAGCAAUUCUUCAACUUAAAAAUGGUGUUUUACUGCAAGACGUCGGUUGAACCGCUGUGCAUGAUUUGAUCUGAGAGACUCGUGAUAAACUUUUGUGUUAUGGUACAUGACAUCCUGAAGCAGCUGUAAAUUGGGGCAAGAAUUUAUUAUCAGCCCUCAAUGUUUAUAUGUAGAGUUCUAUACGUUGCAGGACAGUAACACUUUUAUACGGUGGCAUUUCAAGGGUUUUCCAUGAUAGUGCAGUGCCAGGCACUGCUUUUUCUAAUGUCAUCCACAAUCCAAGGGGAAAAUGCAGCAAUGUGAAUGAGCAUUGAUUGUUAAGCAAGUAUUUAAGUCCAAUUAUGAAGUAGUGUGAUGGGUGUUCUAUACAGGUUCAAUACUCUUGUUUUAGGCUCUUUUUAGGAGCUGUAUGUAUGGUGCAAUGAGUAAAGAGUGUGGUUUAUGCAAGCCAUCAAAUUCACUGCACUUUAGUGGUGUGCAUGCAUGGCAGCACACUUUUGUUUUGCCUCCUGAAACAUUAGACUACUUUCUACCUGGUACUUCUGGAUGUUUGUCAGAAGUUGUUUUGAAUUUAGCAAAAGCAUUUGAAGAAAGAAGUGUCAUGGCAGCCACAUUCAUUGCUGUUUACUAUUCUACUUUUGCUCUUUAAUGAAUAAGUGUGACACAAAGCGGGUGUACAUACUAUGGUAACAGUAAAGUUUUGCCAUGUUGGAUACAGUGAUACUUUUUGCAUGAGAACAAAUGGAAGUAUUUUCUGCCAUGUGCAGCAUGAUAAAAUUGUUGCUCAAUGUAAUGCGUAUCGUCCUCCUGCCUAACUUCUUGACAAAGAUCCAGAAGAAACACUUAUAAUGGAUUCUUGAUGUCUCAACUGAUGCUCUGUCACUUUCUUUCACACUCAAUAAUUGGUGGCACUGCUGUAGCUAACUUUUUUUAUGGAGGAAGAUGGAUAUGCAUUCACCAGUGAGAGAAGCUAUUUCAUUCCAUCUGAAAAUAUAUACCUGCACUUAUAAGUUCUUAAAAAAGGUGACAGUGUACGACUAGUGAAAGUCAUGUAUGUUAAAGUAAUGAAGAUUGUGAACAUUAUGGUGUAGUUCGUCGACAGGCUACCUGAAGAGAGAAUAUUUUGCUGAAAAGAGUGGUCAUCUAGCACAAUCAUUCCAAUUUAUGUAAAAAAAAAUGUUGGCAGCUGUGUUUAUUUGUACAGAGUGGUCCUUUAUGAAAGGGAACACGCGAGCGCGUGGCCCGUGCUCUGCGGAGGAUGCUUAGAGCGCCAGCAGGGAGAAACAUGUGCACUUGUGGCGUCAUAUAUUGGUGGCCAGAAUAACCAGGCGUGGCCAAAAGGCAAGUGCCUGCUAGAAUUAGCUGGACCCCUCUUUCCCACUCCUCGCAUGACUGUUGCGCAAGGAGAGGGGCCUGCAGCGCAACGUCUGCUGCUAGCAAACCGCGUUGGAUACGCAAGCGCACUGUGAACGUGGAAGCACCCACAUACACCCGGUAAUUAUUAGGUACUCCAGGCGUACUAUAAUAAUGCAUGAGCAUUCUAGGGCUACUUCCCUCGGAACAUUGUCCGUCCAUCCCUUUUUCUGUCUGUAACACGUGACUCGAUACACUGCAUGCAUAGGUAUACGGGAAGUCCUAUGGAGGUGUAUAUGAGAUGCCUUAUGACUACGUAUGACUAAUGAGAUUUAUGAUUUUGACUGUAUAUAUUGAGUUUACUGAGAGGUAUAAGUGCAAGUAAGGUUAAUAAAGACUAAUAAGAUUAGUUGCGAUAAAAUUAGUUAAGUGCAAUGGCAAAUAAUUGAGGGUCAUUAGGAAUACUGAGGCUAAUUAAAAUCAAUUUAUGUUAGAUUAUUAGACUAAUAAAAAGUUACUAAGGUUAAAUCAAAGAGCCUAAUCCAGAAUUAAGGGUACCUUGAGAUUAGUUAGCACUAAUUAAGUCAUCCUAAUUAUAAUUUACAGAUGUAAACGUCUUUGUCAUAACUUUAACUAUGGUGAAUUAAGGAAAUGUCAGUAUAAAUAACUAAGCCUCAAUAAUAAAUGACAAGAUAAUUACGUUUAUUUACCGAAGCUAAAGUUUUACCUGAGUGCACUUAUCUCCUAAACCGCUCCGAAUCAGGUGAGGUCUAUUCAUGCGAUUGGGGGAGUGGGUAACCAGGGCUCUGUACUGCAAAAAAGUACGCAGAAACUCUACUGGAGUUGUCAAACUUGUCCCCAAAUUUUAACUUGGCCCACUACCAAAUUUGAGUUGACCUACCCUCAAAUUUCAAGUUGGCCCAGCCCGAAAUUUAAAUUUGCCCACCCCCAAAUUUUUGUUGGCCUACACCUAAAUUUCAACUUGGUCCACUACGAAAGGCCCCGCCUGUUGCUCAUCCACCUGGCGUGGCAGGCAGUCCACAGCUGCUUGCCUAUCAACUGUUUCUGCUUAUUCUGGACGCUAAUAGAUGAUGCCACAAGCGGAUGUGCUUCGCCUUGCUGCCUGCUGCUGGCACUCUAAGCAGCCUCCGCAGAGCACAGGCCAUGCACUCGCGUGUUCCCUUUCAUAAAGGACCACCCUGUACUCAUUCUAUAUUUGCUGGCUUGCUGUGAUUAUGGAUGGUUGGACGGAGAUGAAAGUGUGAUAAAGUUGUCAUAAGCAUUGUAGUCAUGUUACUUGGAAUAGUGCGUGAAGUGCUCAGGCAGGAUGCUGUGCUGAUGCAUAGAUCCAACUGAACCAAACUUUGUUUUAUUUAUUUUUGGUUCUGCUACCUGCUCUUGUAAUAUUGGUUGUGAAUACUGAUUUCUCCUGCUGCCUUACUGCACUAGACAGCUGCUGAGAGGAGCAAUGUCUAAUCAGGGCAGCUGCAGCAGUGUACUUUGUACUCAUAUGUUUAAGGUUUUGCAUUCUGAGCUGUGCAGAAGCAAUGUUGUCUGUAGUAUGACUACAUGUUAGCACCUGUGAUUAGCCAAGCAAAGUCUUGCUGGAGUUAUGUCUGCCUGCAGUUGUGGCUCAUUGUUGAAUCCUUCCACUUUUUGUUUGUCACAGCCACAUGAGCCCAACCAGAUAGUGAAGCCAUGGAAAACAGAAAAAGUUAUUUGUUGUCUUGAAUUGAAAUGCCGAAAUUGAAAGGCAAACAGAAAUGAAAGGUGACAAACAGGCAAUUUCUUGCUGUGGGAACUGAACCCACAUCCUGCACAUUAGGCGUGAGAUGCUCCUCCAAUUGAACUAUGGGGACAGCAGUUAGCAAGUCCACAUUCUUGGGUAUGUAUUUAUGUGCAUGCGAUCUCACCCUGGGAGUGUUAGCCAGCACUAAUGAUGGCCAUGGCAGCAGAUGUAGGACACCUUUCAAGUGGUGAACCUAAUGGUAGCCUUUCUUGGCAAUUUUGUGUAAACGAGUACAUAUUUAGUUGCUCGAUUUGCAACUCAAAGGCAGUGCAAGUAGGUUUGGUUGUUUAUAGCCUUGCGGAUUUGCUCCCCUCAGGACGUGCAAUCAGUUUUACUGUACUUUAGGGUGAAUUGGGCCUUACUUCAUUUAUUCUGUGCUUUGCAGUACUUCACUGCUCACUUCUCAUACUGCGACUGAAUAUGCAUGCUAUGUCUGCUCUUGUUAAAUGUAUUCUUACUUUCUUUGCAUAUGUUACAUUUGUUGAUAGUGUAGUGAACAAUUAAUGCUCACUGCUUGCGGUCUCACACAAAUAAGAGUGUUCCAGAACCAAGCAUUCUAAUUUUUGAAAUGUGUCCUUGACUCUUCGAAAACCAGGUGAAAUUAUGGGUAAAUGCAUGUCUGAUAUCUCAUGCAGUUUUGUUGCUUCAACAAUUACAUGGGUGGAUAUUGGUGUGCCAGUGGAGUUUCACCGUAGCAGUGUCGUAUAGUCCAGCAGCCACUGAUAUGUUAACAAGUUGGAAAUAGUUUGACUUUUGAGGUGGUUGUUGGACUUGGCUAUUUGUUGUGCAUAACAUUUCUCACAGCUAUACAAAGGAGCACAGUACAAUUUCAUAACAAAAAAGGGCAGGAGGUUCAGUGAGUAUUUCAAUAUGACAGUUGCCUUUCUGUUACCAUGCUUUACUUAUUCAGGGACCCCUCACCAUGUUUGGCCAUUUUAAACUGCCAAGCGUAGUGUAUGCACUGCACACUGGCGAACUCUGACCCCCAUGGAAACAGCAGAAAUUCGAAGCAAACGCCGUGUGCCCUUCAAGGCCACGGCAUUUAGUGCGAUCUGUUACUUCACUAGACAAUUAGUUUAAAGACAUAAUAACGCUUAAAAACCGAACAUAUGCGAGCCUUUGCUUCAAUCUAUGCCGUAGCAUGAGGGAAGUCCUCUCGUUUUGUCUGGCUGUUGCCACGCAGUGAUACACGCGUGCAGAAAACUAUCCAAACAUGCGCACACUGAAGGAUCCAUUUCAAUGUAGUGCUCAAGCAGCCAGACAACAGCGCAGGUGUUCUGUUGCAGAGUGUGUGAAAUCAAGCGCAGGGUGAAACCAGACAAACGCAAUAGUUCACAUGCGAGACCUUCACCAAAAGUGUACUGUGCAGCAUGAACGCGCAAGGAAAAAUACUGAAAGGUGGGUUUCGAGAUGUAUACGUGAUGCGAUCCUCUGACUUCACUAUGGGAGAACUCGGGGAACUAGUUUUGCUUGCAAGGCUAGACCGGACAAGUGGUGAGAGCGUCUAAUUUGGCAAUGAAGCUCGCUUCCUGAAAUCAUAGGUUUGGGGCACUUCAAGUGUUUCUUUCUGCUAGUAAUGAAGCAAUUAAAAAAUUCUUGUGGUAAACCGUUUCUUGAGGGUACGUAAAAAACUUGCGAUUGGGUCAGGUGAGGGGUCCUUUAAUAAGUUACUCCCUGAAGCAUUGAAUCAGCAUUAGUUUGAUGCAUGAGUGUGUCCUUGCUGUGUAAUUUAGCGCACUUUAUUGGGUUUCGGUCUUGAACUUUUUACCAACGAAGAUAACAUAGUUUUGAUAUUUAUUACCUUAUUAACACUAUUAAGCUUUACUGUAUUGUUGUAAUAUUCAUGCUCUGCAGGCUGAAAAUGUGCACCUACACUUAAUACACCAACAGUUAUUGUACUGUUUUCCAAUCACUCCAUUAUGUAUAAUUUCUCAGAAGACGGCUCUCGUGUUGUAGGCGAUUACUUUUUUCCUGUGUAUAUGUUGCGAUGGUAUGGCCUGCGGUUUAGCCUGGUGUUAUGCGAGCUGUGUAGUUUCUCUUGCUGUAUUGGUGCCAAACUCUAUUAACACAAUGAUCCUUCUCUUCCAAAGUUUAUUAGCAUUGUGACUCUCAUGGCUGUAUUAAUUUAAUGGGAUGACAGCUUGAAAUUUGCCCUAUUUUCAGUCAAUCUUGAGUAUUUCUGUAUUUGCUGUACAUUGGUUUUUAGCACACUGAAGGAAAGCUCACAAUGUUUUAAAAUGUGGAGCAACCUUUUUUUUUCUAGUACGAGCUUGCUGUUUUAUGUCUGGUAGACAGUUUGUGGCACAAUAUAUGUGCAUAGAAAGAGCAAGGACCUGUGAAAUUAGGCUGUUAAUUACAAUCAAAAUGCCUAAAAAAUUAAGCACCUAAUUCGGCACAAUUAUAGGAAGCUCAGAAUGUUCUGAUAUUUUUUGUUAGGCACCUUAUCUAUGUGUGUCAUUGAAAGAACAGCCUGUAAUGUAAAAUUUUGUGCCUUCAAUUGCCAGAUUGAUACCAGAUACAAAACAGAUGCGAGCUAAGCCUAGAUAGCAAAUCUGGGGAGAAAUGUGAAAGCUUUUAAGCAAGCUGCUUAAUACCUUUGCCCCGUGUGCACUCUCAGUAAUGCUUAUCAAAAGCUACCGCCGUUGAACUUAUCGAGAUCUCAGUAGCAAAAUACUGAAAGAAGUUUCACUACCACUGCCACAAAUGAUGCCAUUAGUGGUAGUCUUCGGGGACUGAGUCGCAACUUGUUCGAGUAAGUUGUAGAAUAUGUUUACUUGAUUUUUCUUUUAUAAGGAGCCUUAUUCUUUGCCACAUAGGCAUAUCCAGAACUAGUAGACAAUGCGAUCGUACAGUGGUGACUAGGUCAAGGAGGCACAAGUGCCCCUAUUGCUGCACUAAUACUUGGUGUGCUUCGAAUCUUCCCAAGUACCCAUCCAACGGUUUCUUCUCCUUUUCACAACUUCAUAAUCAGUAAGGAAAUCGGCUUAAAGUAUUCCAUAGCACAUGGGCCAUAUGGUGUGUACUGUGCCCCAUUUAUUUCACUAGCAAAACAAACAAUGCAACAGGCGUCAGCAUUCAAUUUAAUGUCGCCUUGUGCCUUAUUACUGUGGAAAAAUGUGGAUAACUACUUAAUAUCAAUGCACUGCCAUUACAGGUGCACACAAUGUGAGAGGUGAGAUUGACCUAUUUAAGAAACAUUUACAAGCCUUAAUUGCCAAAUAGAGUGGGGUACGGCUCUGGAAACACCACAGUGACAUUUUUGUCUCGUUGAGGCACACAGCUGGAACUAUAUUCCGUGCAGCCUAUAGUGUGUCCCAGCUAACCUUCGCCCAGCUGUUCAACGAAAAGAAAUAUAAAAAAUACAUAGUACCAGGUAAUAUCUUGAGACAUACGGUGUUCGUCAGAAGUAGGAAGACCACACACUGUUGGUCUUAGGAUCGUAUCUCGCACCGUGUUUUCCUAAUAAUUUUUUUUUUUCGUUCAGCAGCUUGGCUAAUGUUAGCUUGGACGCAUAAGUUCAGUUACAGUGAUUAGUUACGAUUGACACUGCUUGCAUAGCAGAGGUGCACAAUAUUUCGGUUAGAAAAUGACAACAUGGUGCUAUCAACUACUAAUAGCGAAAAUUCGGUGAAUUAUCAUGACAGCUGGCUGUAGCCUCGAUAGGUAUAUUAUUACCUAUCGGUAUCGGUACCUAUCGGUAAAUGACAAAAAAUUUGGCGGCUGCACAUCGCUUGUAUGCUGCUUUGAGUUAAUGGGUACCUGACAGUUUUGUUCUUAGCUUGAGAAUAUGUCUUGCAUGUUUUUGUCAACGUAUGUUACCAUUAAAUGUUACCCGAACAGGCUGGUCCUCAUUAUCCUUAUAGUUUAGCUACGACUGGCCACCACCACUGAAAUAUCAGAGAAAGGAUAUCGAUGUGUUCUGUGCAGAAUAUAUAAAACCUGCUUGUCGAGAAUGCUGUGGUGACAGGAUGUCUUGAGCAAAAUAUGUGCAAUAUGUUUAACAGUCAGCUCUUUAGCGUCGGUUCAGCCCUUGUGUGCUUCCAUUUACAACUUUGGUGUGUUACAUUCCUGCGUCCAUAUUGAGGCAUGUUGAAAUAUGUAAUUACCAUCACAUCCUGUAUGGACGGCAAACUCUGUGAUUUAAUACAUAUGCAAAAAGAAACAUCGACUGA